AUGUCGGAUGAUGAUUAUAUGUCAGACAAAUUUUUGGAAAAUUCAGAAAAAUCUGGAUCAUCGGGUCUCUUAUAUCGACACGCAGAUAAAAGAAAAUUUGAAAUGAUGAAAAGAAAAACUGAAAUUGAAGCAAAGAUGCAAGAAAAAAAUUCUGUGAAAUAUAUGGAACAAGAGAAGAGAGAAGCUGGUUUAUCUUCUGCUAUUAAAAGUACCAACAAAGGCUUUGAAUUACUCAUGAAAAUGGGAUAUAAGCCAGGUCAAGGGAUAGGUAAAACAGAAUCAGGAAUGAUUGAGCCCCUUGGUGUUGAAGUGAAAUUAGACCGACAUGGUUUAGGCAAAGGCAUUAAGAGAAAACAAACACAAAGUAAAAGUAGUUUGGAUAAUGGGAAACUGGACAAUAAAUGUAUGAAAGACUUUCGUAGCAGAAUUUCUCAGAGAAAAGCUGAACAGUUAAUGAAAGCUGAUCUUUAUAAGAGUCAAAAAGUCUGUGAGCAAUUAGAUACACAAUUGAACAUAAAAGAACCUGUGAAUGGAUGGUUCUGGUUACCUCAAAAAACUGAAAGCAGUAGUGACACAGAAGAUGAAGAAGAAGAAGAAGAAGAAGAAGAAGAAGAAGCUCCACCAAUUAAUGAGAGAUUGGAAAUCCUUACUAAAUAUUUAAGAGAAAAGCAUUUUUAUUGUAUAUGGUGUGGAGAAGCUUUUAAUAAUGAUGAUGACUUAAGGAACAAUUGUCCUGGAAAUACAAGAAAUGAUCACUAAAUACAAACGGUAAUGUGUUUAAAUAAGGAAGUACAUGUAAUAAAGAAAUACACUGAAAAAUUUCACUAACAUAUGUUUUUACUUACAUCACUUACUAUUACCACCCUGUAAGAAAGCAUACAGGGCAUGAGAGGCUAAGGACCUAA